AUGCUGUGGAAGCUCAUGUACAUAUAUGGACUUGGCUGUGGUCUGAUGCCUGCUCCUCUGAAGAAGGGACAGUUUCUUCUGGGAUACAGGCAGAGAUGGUACCUCAUCUAUACGGCCUGUCUGCACGGAGUUCUGCUGAUGGUCCUGCCCUUCACCUUUCCCCACUACAUGUACGAUGACAGCUACAUGAGCAGCAAUUCAGUGCUCCAAUGGGCCUUUAAUCUAACCAACAUCACCCGAAUCAUUGCUAUGUUUUCGGGUGUUUUCCUGAUGUGGUUUAAUAGAAAAAGGCUUCUGAAGUUGGGUGAAAAUCUAAUAAGUCACUUUCUUAAGUGCGAAAAACUAGAGGAUCGUUCUAGAAAGUAUUCCAUAUUAUGGAAGAGAGUUAGAAAUGUGCUUUUCCAGAUGCUAUUCGUCGCAAACCUCAGCAUUCUGAUGGGAACUUUAAUUUUGUUAAGAAUUGAUUCGAUACAAACAUUUAGUAAAACUGCCAUGAUUGUUGCCCAUAUGAUACAGUUCAUAUAUGUGGUCCUUAUGAUGACUGGAAUAUGUGUGAUUCUGCUAAUUCUCCACUGGCAGAAUGAGAGGCUUCAUAUAGCACUCAAGGAUCUGUGCUCCUUGCUUAAUUAUGAAGAACGCAACUCCUUAGUUUUAUCAGCAGAAAACGCCAAUAUAUCCCUUCGAAUCCUGGCUAAUCUCUUUCAACUUUUUGCGGAGAAUCAGCGACUAACCCGUGAAGUUCUUCGAACCUUUGACUUGCCCAUCGCGCUUCUUUUCCUGAAAAUGUUUGUUACGAAUGUAAAUCUGGUAUAUCAUGGAGUGCAAUUUGGCAACGAUUCCAUAGAAACCUCAUGGUACACAAAAAUCCUGGGACAGUGGGUGGUGAUUUCCCAUUAUUGGAGUGCUGUUUUGCUCAUGAAUGUUGUGGACGACGUCACCCGGAGGAGUGACCUCAAAAUAGGAUACCUCCUGCGGGAAUUCAGUCAUCUGGAACUGGUCAAAAGGAAAUUUCACUUAAAGCUGGAACAGUUUUCGGAUCACCUUCGUUGUCAUUCUGCAACUUACAAGGUCUGUGGACUAUUCGUUUUCAAUAAGCAAACUAGUUUGGUUUAUUUUUUUUAUGUCCUGGUUCAAGUUCUGGUGCUUGUACAAUUUGAUUUGAAGAACAAAGUUGAUGAAAGAAAUAAAAAGUGGCAUUAA